AUGAAAGCAGCAUUAAACCAUAGAGGCGACCCUGCCGCUCUGACACUUUUGGCACGCCCAGAAAGCCAUAGUUCAAAGAAGGGUCCCACGCAAGCACGCAAAGCCCCUGCCCGCAUUUCCGCGAGGGUAGACAGGGACUCGUCCUCUGUGCUUAGUGGCCAGGUUCCCAGCGCUCCUUGGGAUCUAGAGUUGUCGCCCCCUCAGCUUGUGUUCAAGGAGGUGAUUCCUUUCUCCCGCCGAUGUGCCCCCUUAGUGAUUCUCAACAAAGGAAAAAGGCCUCAUCCAGUUCGAGUACUGAAUAAAGAGGACGGGGGUCUAUGCAUAGGCACAGGCACUGAGCUCAGGCCUUAUCCUGUUCUGUGUCCUUUGCUAGCUCCAGGGCUGUCCCUUCGUGUGCAUGUGGAGGCUCCGCCUGUUGUGGGACUCUUUAGUAAAACUUCACUACGGAUUCUUGGGGCUCGUCAGCAGGUGGAGGUUCCAGUGGAGGCUCGAGCUCCUGUGGUUCGGUUCAGGUGCCCUCCCCGAUUGCGGUUCCCAGUUUGUUUUCCAGGGCAGCUGCAGCAACAGCUAUUCCCCGUAGCAAACACGAGCACGUAUGUCAUGAAAGCGCAAGUCAGCAUAGGCCGAGACGUCAGUGCUCCCCUAAGAAAUUUGCUUGAGCAGCAACUCGUGCGCCUCAGUAUUCAUCCUCAGAAGUUGAAAAUAGAGCCGGGAUCUGUUGGCGUUUUCACGGCUGAGCUGCGCUUGGACUGCCCAGCAGAGGUGACCUUACCUCUCACAGUAGUUUGUAAAAAGUCAUUAAAGACACCUGUAUCUCCCCGAUGCAGUCUGGUGGCAACGACAGGCUUGGCCGACAGCCAGCCUCCCACAGGCGUCGUCCAGUGCUCAAGGCGGCCGCCAGCUUUGGCGGGUACGGUGCAAUGGUCGGGCACCGAGCCUUGUGUCGAGGGUCACCUCCAGCUGCACGCCUCGUGCGUCGCACCGCGCUGGUCGUUCUCAAUUGACGGUCGAGAGCUGAAGAUUCUGGACUUAGGGGCGCUCUUUCAGGGUCAAGAGCGCUGUGUCACUUUGCACGCAGACAAUCUUUCAGCCCUUCCUCUGGCAAUGUGUUUUGCCGCCCCAGAGUCAACAUUCAGAUUUCCCACAGGGAAAAUUAAAGCAGAGCCUAGGAACUAUGAGACAUUCCAGCUAAAAGAACAGGGCGUUCGGGGAUCAAACGGUGUGCCUUCUCAGGAGGGACUAGAUUAUAGGGACUAUUAUUCAGUCGUUAAAGCGGCUGACAGGUCGGAGCUGGCAGAGGGCUCCCAUGAUGGUGGAGUCAUUGCAAGUCCUCGUACAGCUGGGCCCCUCUUGGACGAUUCCAACUUAUCCGAAUCUUCAAGGAGCACAGAAUGCAGAGAUACCUCAUGGGCUGCCCUUAUUGAAACGUUUGCCUCACCGAAAACUGAGGUGCAGAGUAGUCUCGAAAUAGCAAAUGUUGAGGACCUCCCGAAGCCACUAGACAACCUGACAGCACCUCGAGGUGCAACGCAUCGAAGAGUGGGGUGGCCUCGCCAAAGACAGCAACAGCGGGUACCCAACGGGACCAAAAAAGAGCCUCACGAACGCCCAAGAGAAGAUACGUCUUACCCUUCAGCUCAAAAGGAAGCUCCGAAUCCUGGUAACGCGGAACAGUUCCCAUGCCUCCCACCGAAAGGGCCCCAGCUCAAGCGGCGGCGCUGGAUUUCUCCGCCCAUUGUUUCCAUUCCAAGAAGUGAGCCAGCUAUGGCGGCAGCAAUCGCUAAGGAAGGAGGCCACGGACCUGUAAGAGAGCCCCUGCCUCAAGCAAAUAAUGAACAGGAACAGCCCAUACAGGGAUCCCUUUCACAGUCUUCCUCUCAAAUGGCUAUACAGCGCCGAUACUCUUACACGCCCUCGACUUUACUUCAAAGUCUUGUGGGGCUGGAUGACUUGUUACACCUGUACGACAUCGAGGUAACCCCAUCCAUGCUGCUGCUGCCUCCUCGGUCCUCCGCAGCAGUACGCCUGACACUACGGACUCAGCCCUGUGAGAUUCGUCGCGGGUUUCAGCACAUGCAAAAUUGGCGCAACUUGCAGGUGCCCUUGGCCUUCCAGCUACACGUGAUGGUGGCCGUUGCUGGCCAAUGCCCCACGCGCAGCGGCGAGGAAGAGCUUGCCUGCACCGGGACUCCAACGACAGCGACACGACAUCUUCGAACCACUAGCAGAUGUAACAAUAGCUGGCUCUCCUCACAUUUAAAGUCUACGCGUACGGCAUACCCGGCAGCGAGGGGAGCUCUCAGCGAGCCCACCGGCCAAGUAAAUUCCUGCAUGCCUCUUCCAGCUCCAAAAGGAAGGCCCAUCGUGGCGCGCCUGCGGCCAGAGACAGCUGGGACAGGCCUCACUAGCGACAAAUCCCGCAGAGGUGGGAUCAGGGGAGGGGACCAGAGCGACUCUUCGGACCCACGAGAAAAAUCUGUAUGUGUCCUUUUGUACGAUAUGCUUCGAGCAUUUAUUGCAGAGAAAGGGGAACAGCAUAAUGACCAGAGGCUGCUCUCAUUGCCUAAUCAUUGUCCAGUACCCGUCCCAUGCAUCUCCGCUACAGGUUCAUGCUGUAUAACGUUGCAAGAUGUGGCAGUGCCGUCGACGCAGGCCUCGCCAUGCAUGCCACCGCUAGACGUUGUGAAAAAUUCUGUAGGCAUCACAUAUAAACAGUCGUGCUGCAGUGGCUCAGGAGAUUCUUACUGCGUUUCUAGCGAGGGGCUUUCUCUACAAGAGAGGCAGAGCGUCACUCACCAGUUUUUUCAGGGUUGCUGCGUGUUGAGCUUGCCACGUCUGGAAUUGUCGCCUGCUGAGCUGCACUUUGCUGGCUGCCCUGUGGGGGAGUGCCAGCAGCAGGCGCUGUACUUGUACAACUGCAGCGCCGAACUUAGCUUGGACUUCUGCUUUGACGCUCGCCACCCCUUCCGCUGUAUGCCCUCCCAGGGAAAGGUGCCCCCCCAACAGCAAGUGCAGGUACACGUUAUCUUCGCUCCGACGCGAAUGGGGCCAGUAAGGCAAAAGCUAAAUGUUUUCUUCUGCAACCGGUCGUAUAGCAGGACUGUGUGUAUUGUAGGGACGGGCCUUAUCACGUCGAGACUCCCACCAUGA